ACGGACACAAUGUCAGAUAUUAUAGUAACAAAAGAAAACGUGUGGCAAUAUUUCGAAAAAGUGUCGGAUUUCCAAGCAAAAUGCAAGAUUUGCGCACAAAAAUAUACUUACAUCAAUCCAAUUUUUUAUCAGCAUAUAAAAAGAAAACAUGCUGAAAUAUUUGAUUACGAAGAAACAUGUAAAGGACGACACGAAUGGAUUUGCUUCAAGUACAACGAUACUUCUACCUUACAAUGUCUUUUCUGUCGUCAGAAUUUUCAAUCUAAUUUUCAAUCUAUAGCAUAUCAUUUACACCAGAAGCAUGUUAACGAAGUGGAGAAUUACGUACUUUACGAUUGGACAUGGAAAUAUUGUACGAGAAUUAGUGAUUUUCAAAUAAAAUGUACGGUGUGUACGCAGGAAUUAUAUGUUCUUCAUUAUCAGCAUUUAAAUAAACAUAUAGUAAGUAAACAUUCGGAAGAAUUGAGAAAUGCCCAAGAAACACGCGACAAAAUUCUUUCGUCAGAAUCCGUUAUGAAUUCAAACAUUAUGGAAGUUAAAGAAAACAUAUGGAAAUAUUAUACCAAAUUGCCGAAUUUUCGAGCAAGAUGCAAAUUGCAAAAUUGCAACUAUGAAUGUUAUUAUAUUUCUUCUACAAACAUUUCUAUGCAUAUACAAGACAAACAUAAAGCAACCUUUAAAUGGGAGAUCAAUCACACCAAUCAAAAACCAUGGAUAUAUUUUAAGUAUUCGUUUGAAUAUAUUUCCGAUAAAGAGAUACCAUACUCAAAAUGUCUCAUGUGUGGUGAAUUCUUCCUGGUUGAUUGUGAAUCUACAACGACACAUCUGUUACAGAAGCAUUCUGAGGAAGAACUAAGUAAUUUUGUAGAUAACCCUUGGAUGAUGAAAUAUUAUAAAGUAAGUGAUGACAAUCCAGAGAUCAAAUGUACUAUUUGUUGCAAAAACAUAACCAUUAAUAUUUUGCCUUUUGUAUCUAAUCAUAUAAUUGAAAAUCAUUCGAAAGAAUUGCAUUUCAAUAUAUCUACAAAAGAUAUGGAAAAACUGUGCCAAAAUUAUAUAUUAGAGGAUUUUCAAGCAAAAUGCCAAUUUUGCAACUUUCAAUCUUGUUACGUCAAUACAAUAAACUUUACUGAACACGUGAAAAAAGAACAUGAAGAAACAUACAAUCACGAAGCAGCACACGAACACACAUAUCCAUGGAUGUACUUCACGUAUUUUACUUCAUAUUACUUACAAUGUCGUUGCUGUGAUAAUGUUGUUGAGUGUAUUUAUGAUUUUUUAAUAACGCACUUGGACAAUCAUUCUUUUGAGUCUUUUCAUAACACAUUAUUUCGCAAGAGUGGCUGGGAACAGAAAUACUAUGCACAAAGUAGUGAUUUUGAGGUGCAAUGUAAUAUUUGUAGCAGCAAAAUAUCUCUUAACAUUCCGUUAUGGUAUUUCGAUCGACACAUUGCAACUACACAUCCGAACAGGCUGACAAGUACACAAAGACCGCAUGACAUAGCUGGACCCUCAGGAAGCCAACCAAACUGAAGAAAACAGGUUUAUCCAGAGUUUAACAAUGAGAGUGAUGGUAACAGCGUUCAAGUAAGACUACAAUCGACGAAAGCAAACCUGAUUUAAGAAAUCUAAGGUCUUAGUAAUCUAAAGAUUUAAGAAAUCUAAAACAAGAAAAAUGACUUAAUUCUGAAAAUAGAUGAUUAAAAA